UUCACUCGUUUUUAUUUUUCGUUAUUCAACAUUACUUGUCAUAAAAGAAAAGAAAUAAAGAAAAAAUAAAACGCAAAAACCUUCCUAAACUCUUUACCCCACAAUUCUUCAUCGCCUCAGAUCAAUUAACAAACCCCAAAAAUCUCUUCUUUUUGCAUUUCUAUUAGUGGCUUUUUGUUUUUAUCCAAAAGGGUCAUGGUGAAUAUGGAGUGUGAGAAAAAGAGGGGUUUUGUAACGAAAUGGGUUUGGCUGGUACUAGUUCCUCUUAUUGCUGCUUUUGUUGCAAUUGCCAUCAUGUCUUCUAAUACUUCUUCCAAAAUUUCUAUCUUUGGAGUUAUUAACAAAGCAUGUCCCUGUGCCCAGGGAACACCGAAGUAUAGUGGUAUGGUGGAGGAUUGUUGUUGUGAUUACGAAAUUGUGGAUCGGCUUCACAAGGAAGUGUUGUAUCCAUCUCUACAAGAACUUGUGAAAACCUCAUUCUUUCGGUAUUUUAAGGCCAAGCUAUGGUGCGUCUGCCCUUUUUGGCCUGACGAUGGUAUGUGCCGGUUGCGGGACUGUAGUGUAUGUGAAUGCCCAGAGAAUGAGUUCCCGGAGUCAUUUAAGAAGCCCAAUCGCCUUCCAUUGAAUGAUCUUGUUUGUCAAGAAGGAAAACCCGAGGCAGCUGUUGACCGGACUUUGGAUAGUAAAGCUUUUAGAGGAUGGCCAGAAAUAGACAAUCCAUGGACGAAUGAUGAUGAGACUGACAAUGAUGAGAUGACAUAUGUGAAUCUUCAAUUGAAUCCUGAAAGAUAUACUGGUUACACUGGUCCAUCUGCAAGAAGGAUAUGGGAUGCUGUCUACUCUGAGAACUGCCCCAAAUAUCUGUCGCAAGAAUCAUGCCAGGAGGAAAAGAUUUUGUAUAAAUUGAUUUCAGGUCUUCACUCCUCCAUAUCAGUACAUAUAGCUGCUGAUUACUUACUUGAUGAAGCUACAAAUAUGUGGGGCCAAAAUCUUACUAUGAUGUACGACCGAGUCCUACAAUACCCCGAUCGUGUCAGAAAUUUGUAUUUCACUUUUCUCUUUGUCCUGAGAGCAGUAACCAAAGCUGCAGAUUACCUCGAGCAGGCCGAGUACAAUACGAGCAACCCUAAUGAGGACCUUAAAACACAAUCCUUUAUAAAACAGCUACUUUACAACCCGAAGCUUCAAGCUGCAUGUCCUGUUCCAUUUGAUGAAGCUAAGUUGUGGAAAGGCCAAAGUGGACCUGAGCUAAAACAAAAAAUUCAACAUCAAUUCAGAAACAUCAGUGCAUUGAUGGAUUGUGUAGGAUGUGAAAAGUGUCGAUUAUGGGGAAAGCUUCAAGUUCUUGGUCUUGGAACUGCGUUAAAGAUUCUUUUCUCUGAUGAUGAUCAACAAAACUUGGGUCAAACACUGCAGCUACAAAGGAAUGAAGUAAUUGCAUUGAUGAAUCUUCUCAAUAGACUUUCAGAAUCUGUCAAAUUUGUUCACGAAAUGGGACCUACUGCCGAACGAAUCUCGGAGGGACAUAUUUUUGGCCAUACCAAACUUAUUAGGUCCUUGAAGAAAUUUUGGUUCAGUAUACUUCAAACAUAGAGGAAGCAAAUGUUGACAGUUAGGUUUUCAAUGACUCACAUUACUCCAAAGAUUAGGCUUACAAAAACCAUGAUCAUGGUUUGAAAUUUUCCAAGUAUUUGAAAGUAAUGUACAUAGAAUGUACACAAAAUCACACAUAAAUAAUAUUUGAAUGCAGGGUCAAAAAGAUGAAAGUAAUAGAAAAUGUGUUAUUUGUGACAAAAAUCCCGUUAUUUGAAGGAUGUCUAUUUCUCUCUUUUUCGAAGUCAUCUAUUUCAAUUGCACAAAACGGAGGAGACAAAACCUAUAGAAUUUGAAUAUAUGUAAAAGUAAUUGAUAGUAUAAAUGGAAUAGUACGUGAAGAUGAAAUAUUUAUUAUCAACAAUUGCAGGGUUGCACAAUUGUAUUAAUUCGGUAAUAUUGAAAGUAUGUCAGUGUUAAUAUUUUUA